CAGCGCCAAGGCACAGAUAGGGCGGGAGCGCGAGAGAGCCGAGCGCGGAGGCGCUGGGGGCGGGACGCGGGGCCCGGGAGCAGCCUGGGACAGCGGCAGCACCGCAGCUCCCGGCGCCCGCGGCUGCCUGCCCCAGCCACUCAGUGGCGGCUCGCUGUCUUCUCUGGCUCCGAACCCGACAUAGCUGCUGCCGCUGCCGCCCGGCGCGCUGCGAACUCCAGAGAACAGCCCUGGCCGUCAGCGGGCACCAGCGGCUUCCUGUCCCCAGCGCCGAGACUGGAGGGACGCACCGCGGCCACCGAGCCAGAGGCGCUUCAGGCGGCGAGAGAAGUCCCCGCGCGCCCCGGGGCCCGGCGCAGCUCACGGUGAGCGCCCCUCAGGGCUCGAGGGUCCCUUGGCUGAGGGGGCGCAUCCUCGGGGUGCCCGAUGGGGCUGCCCGAGGGUCGCAGGGCUGAAGUUGGGACCGCGCACAGGCCGCCCCUGCAGCCCAGCCAGAAAUGCUGCCGCCGGGGAGCAACGGCACCGCGUACCCGGGGCAGUUCGCGCUGCACCAGCAGCUGGCGCAGGAAAACGCCUUGGGGGGCUCGGCUGGGGCACCGCCACUGGGGCCGGCGCAGGUGGUCACUGCCGGCCUGCUGACCGUACUCAUCAUCUGGACCCUGCUGGGCAACGUGCUGGUGUGUGCUGCCAUCGUGCGGAGCCGCCACCUGCGCGCCAAGAUGACCAACGUCUUCAUCGUGUCUCUGGCCGUGUCAGACCUCUUCGUGGCGCUGCUGGUCAUGCCCUGGAAGGCGGUCGCCGAGGUGGCCGGUUACUGGCCCUUUGGAGCGUUCUGCGACGUCUGGGUGGCCUUCGACAUCAUGUGCUCCACCGCCUCCAUCCUGAACCUGUGCGUCAUCAGCGUGGACCGCUACUGGGCCAUCUCCAGGCCCUUCCGCUACGAGCGCAAGAUGACCCAGCGCAUGGCCCUGGUCAUGGUCGGCCUGGCCUGGACCUUGUCCGUCCUCAUCUCCUUCAUUCCAGUCCAGCUCAACUGGCACAGGGACCAGGUGGGCUCUUGGGGCGGACUGGACCUGCCGAACAACCUGGCUAACGGGACGCCCUGGGAGGACGUUUGGGAGCCCGACGUGAGGGCAGAGAACUGUGACUCCAGCCUUAACCGAACCUACGCCAUCUCCUCCUCUCUCGUCAGCUUCUACAUCCCGGUGGCCAUCAUGAUCGUGACCUACACGCGCAUCUACCGCAUCGCCCAGGUGCAGAUCCGCAGGAUCUCCUCCCUGGAGAGGGCCGCGGAGCACGCGCAGAGCUGCCGGAGCAGCGCCGCCUGCGCGCCGGAGACCAGCCUGCGCGCUUCCAUCAAGAAGGAGACCAAGGUGCUCAAGACCCUGUCGGUGAUCAUGGGGGUCUUCGUGUGCUGCUGGCUGCCCUUCUUCGUCCUUAACUGCAUGGUUCCUUUCUGCAGUGGACACCCCGAAGGACCCCCGGCAGGCUUCCCCUGCGUCAGUGAGACCACCUUCGAUGUCUUCGUCUGGUUUGGCUGGGCCAACUCCUCACUCAACCCUAUCAUCUAUGCCUUCAACGCUGACUUCCGGAAGGUGUUUGCCCAGCUGCUGGGGUGCAACCACCUCUGCUCCCGCACGCCGGUGGAGACGGUCAACAUCAGCAAUGAGCUCAUCUCCUACAACCAGGACACCGUCUUCCAGAAGGAAAUCACAGCUGCCUAUAUCCACAUGAUGCCCAACGCGGUGAAUGAUGACGAGGAGGAGGGCCCUUUCGAUCGCAUGUCCCAGAUCUAUCAGACGUCCCCAGAUGGUGACCCUGUGGCAGAGUCUGUCUGGGAGCUGGCCUGCGAGGGAGAGAUUUCUUUAGGCAAAAUAAUACCUUUUACCCCAAAUGAAUUCCAUUAAACGGCAUUAAGAAACUCCCUCCUGGAUCUGCAUAACUGCAGUGACAUCUACAAGCAUGCACACACACGCAAAUACAUGCCUUUCCAGCGCUGCCCUGUUUAUCAUGUGUUUCUGAGUAGUAGCUCGUGUGCUUAGAAACCUCACCCCAUUGAUUGGUAGUUCAAAGAACUGGCAGAAGCAGUUGCAAUAAACUCAGUCAAAUAUACCCAGACUGCCAGAGGUGAUCCUAUUAGAGAAGAGAGUAUGGUGCUGGCUCCUUUAAAAAAAAAAAGUGUUACUUGGUCCUUAAAAAAUAUGCUCUCCCCUCCCUUUUUAAACAAAUGGCUUCUUCAGUCAUUGUUAGUGUUUAAAUUGAUUUUUAAACAGCAAGUUGGGUGUGUGUGCAGUGAUGUGGUGGGAGCAUAGCUUUCCUGGGUCUGGCUUCUGGUGGCUCUGUGCUUAUGUCAUUUCUUCUCUCCGUGCUGGUGGGUGUCUCUAUAUCACAGCCGAGGAAGUCUCACUCAGUUAUUCUGGUGUCUAAUAAACACAAAUUAUUUGUAUGAUGGGGUGACUAUGUUUGCUUUGCUACCUUGUGUUUCAGAAGUGCUUCUGAAGAAACCAUGAGCGCACCCUUAAAAUGCAAAGAUGUUUGCUGGGUCUGGAAGGACAUGCUUAUUUUCUUUACAGUUUGGCCUUAAAGAUACACACAGGGCAAAGGACGUUGAAGAGCUUCUGUUUUCUCAGGUUUCUUUUUAUUACUUAUACGCAUGUGGGGUCUGUGCCCAAACCUGGCUUCAGUGGCAAGGCAUUAGAUCUUCUCAAGCCUAGAUUUCUUUUUUUCUCAUUUGGAAUUUUUUUUUUUUUUGAAAUAAGACAACUCUCCUGAUUCCUAGACAGAUGCCAUCAGUUUAUUGAAAAGACUGUGUAGAAUAAUAGCUUGCUCUUUCUCCAUGUGAAAUCUGUAGCAUGUUUUAGAAUGACAUGGCUUUUGAGAAAUCGUGUUUUCUGAAGAGCUUUGAAAUGUGUGAAUGAAGAUGCUUUAAAAAAGAAAUCCUGUUUUUUAAACAGGCAUUUUCCUUAGUGGACAAUAGCAAAUAGGGGAAUGCUUUUUAAAUAAAAUGUAGAAGCCAGAGAUGAAAUGCGAAUGAACCUGAAAUUGGAAAAUCUGUAGGUCUAGGUGCUCAAUAGAAGAGCCCAACUAACUCCAAUCAUUUUGUUUUUCCUCUCUGCCGUGUGCACAGUCACAGUCAAGGGGAGUGUUUGAUUCCAGACCCACACCGGUUGAGAGCAUGUUAUUAACAUCAGAUCUAAAUAUGAGUGCCGUUAAUGGAAGCAAAUGAAAUGUGAAUAUGUAAUUUCUUACGAGUCCCUGCUUUGAAGCAGUUUUAUCAAGGACAGUUCAAUCAAUUUUGAUCUCUUUAAGGAUAAUUUCAUUGUCAGUCUUCUGGGCAACCAUAUCUUGAUCACUGCAAAAUGUGCAGUUCCCGGCAUAUAACACUUAAUAAAUAUUUGUUGAAUGAAUGACUAUUUCUGGGACAGUGAGGUUGAAAGCAAAUCCUACUCAGUACAUCAAUUUUUAUAUGUAAUUUAGUCAAAAUAAUACUGGAACCUGAGGUCUGUGUUCAGUUUCUGACCUCCUGUGAGUGGAUAGCUAAGCAAACCAUUAGGCAACAUUGGGGGCAGUGAAAAGCACACUACCCUAGGAUUCAGGAGACUGCCACAUGACCUUGAGUGAGUCAAUUAACCUUUCUGGGACUCAUUUUCUGUCUGUGUCUGUAAAUGGAAAGACUUUUGCUAGAUCACUGUUUACCAAAUUGUGCUUUGUGAUGCAGGUGUUAAUGGAUGGGGUCUCAGGUGAAAUAAGUUCAGCAAACCCAGGUUCAAUAUCUGUCUUCUUAACAGGACCUCUUAGAGCUUCUCCUGUGCAUGAUGCACCCUCCAGUGGGGCAAGGCUCUGUAUUAUCUCCCACUGCUGUUCACCUUGUGAACCUUGUUUGGUGGAAUUCCUAUUACUGUCUCUCUGGAGUCCACAGUCAUGGUUUGAGAAACUCAAAUCUAACCUAUCGGGAAGUCUUUACAAUACUCUGUUCUAAAGCAUGGGUUGUCAUAACCAAAAUCUUUUGUGAAAAACACUGUCGUAGGCUCCAGUUUAGAUAAGUCCUGUGUUAUGGAAAACGGAUUAUGUGAAGACUUUGGAAUUCCCUUCUGUAAAAUAUCAUUCACCAUUCCUUAUAAUUAUGUACUAUGCACUAGGCACUGUUCUAGAUGCUGGGAAUAUAGUUGUCAAUCAAAUUCUCUGCUGUCUUGGAACAUUUAUGUGAGUCAGUGGAGAGAUAAGCCAAUAAAGAUUGCCCCACUAUA